GUGCAUGCUGGGCCCUGGAGCACAAACCGGAGGAGGGGGUAGUAUGUGCGGGUGCAUGAGCAGGGGGAGGGGACGCGCGCUCGUGCUGCACUGGCCUCAGGAGUUGGGGGGCUAGCUCCUCGGUGACGCGAGGCCUCACGUGACGGAGCUGCGGAGGCAGCAGCCUCGGAGCGGCGGCCGUCACUCCCUCUGGGUACCAGCUCCCUCCCGCUGCCCGCGCCGGCGGCUGGCAUCGGGCCCGGAUCAGCGCGGCGGAGAAACAAUCAGGAAAAAAAUCUCAUCAUGGCAGAUAUCCACCACGAAAACGAGGAGAUGGAGCAGCCCGUGCGGAAUGGAGAGGAAGACCGCCCUCUGGGAGGGGGCGAAGGCCACCAGCCAGCGGGACACAACAGACGGGGACAGGCCCGCCGACUGGCCCCUAACUUCCGAUGGGCCAUACCCAAUAGGCAGGCCAAUGAUGGGAUGGGCGGAGAUGGAGAUGAUAUGGAAAUGUUCAUGGAAGAGAUGAGAGAAAUCAGGAGAAAACUUAGGGAGCUGCAAUUAAGGAAUUGCCUGCGUAUCCUUCUGGGGGAGCUCUCGAAUCACCAUGACCAUCAUGAUGAAUUUUGCCUUAUGCCUUGAUUCCUGCCAUUUUUUUAAUGAGAUUAAUACUGUGAUUCCCACUGUUGUUCUCAUUUUCCUUGCGUUUUCUGAUAUGCCUUUACUUGAUCUGUUUGCUAUGAACCUUAUGUAAUUUCCAUGUGUCAGGUGGGUUCUGUGUUACCAGCUUCUAAUUGGAGAUUGCCUUGGCACACAGUCUUAAGUUUCUGUCAACAGUAGUUUCACCCAUUUGCAUGGAAAAAUGUAAAGUUAAUAAAGCAAUUAAAAAGCAA